GACGUGGGCGGGCGUGCGCGGUGACGGCCCGCGUCCCUGUUACUCAGCGGAGCGGCCGAGGCCGGACGACGCGGCCAGGAGUGCGGAGCCGCGAGCAGCCCUGGGUAACGGCCGUAGCGACCGCCCGGACGGCGCCAGUCCCGCCGGAGGGCUUUCCUGUCGCCGUUCGCUGCGUUGCGGGCUUCUUGGUGACUAUUUGGAUGAAGCCAUUAAAUUAAUUGUUUGCCAUCAUGAGCAGAAGCAAGCGUGACAGCAAUUUUUAUAGUGUAGAGAUUGGAGAUUCUACGUUUACAGUCUUGAAACGGUAUCAGAAUUUAAAACCUAUAGGCUCAGGAGCUCAAGGAAUAGUAUGUGCAGCUUAUGAUGCCAUUCUUGAAAGAAAUGUUGCAAUCAAGAAGCUAAGCCGGCCAUUUCAGAAUCAGACUCAUGCUAAACGGGCUUACAGAGAGCUAGUUCUUAUGAAAUGUGUUAAUCACAAAAAUAUAAUUGGCCUUUUGAAUGUUUUCACACCACAGAAAUCCCUAGAAGAAUUUCAAGAUGUUUACAUAGUCAUGGAGCUCAUGGACGCAAAUCUUUGCCAAGUGAUUCAGAUGGAACUAGAUCAUGAAAGAAUGUCCUACCUUCUCUAUCAGAUGCUGUGUGGAAUCAAGCACCUUCACUCUGCUGGAAUUAUUCAUCGGGACUUAAAGCCCAGUAAUAUAGUGGUAAAAUCAGACUGCACUUUGAAGAUUCUUGACUUUGGACUGGCCAGGACUGCAGGAACUAGUUUUAUGAUGACACCUUACGUAGUGACUCGCUACUACAGAGCACCUGAGGUCAUCCUAGGGAUGGGCUACAAAGAAAACGUUGACAUUUGGUCAGUUGGGUGCAUCAUGGGAGAAAUGAUCAAAGGUGGUGUUUUGUUCCCAGGUACAGAUCAUAUUGAUCAGUGGAAUAAAGUUAUUGAACAGCUUGGAACACCAUGCCCUGAAUUCAUGAAGAAACUACAGCCAACAGUAAGGACUUAUGUUGAAAACAGACCUAAAUAUGCUGGAUAUAGCUUUGAGAAACUCUUCCCCGAUGUACUUUUCCCAGCUGACUCGGAACACAACAAACUUAAAGCCAGUCAGGCAAGGGAUUUGUUAUCCAAAAUGCUGGUAAUUGAUGCAUCUAAAAGGAUCUCUGUAGAUGAAGCUCUCCAGCACCCGUAUAUCAAUGUUUGGUAUGAUCCUUCUGAAGCAGAAGCUCCACCACCAAAGAUACCUGACAAGCAGUUAGAUGAAAGGGAACAUACAAUAGAAGAAUGGAAAGAGUUGAUAUACAAAGAAGUUAUGGACUUGGAGGAGAGAACCAAGAAUGGAGUUAUAAGGGGGCAGCCCUCUCCUUUAGGUGCAGCAGUGAUCAAUGGCUCUCAGCAUCCAUCAUCAUCAUCGUCUGUCAAUGAUGUGUCUUCAAUGUCAACAGAUCCGACUUUGGCCUCAGACACAGACAGCAGUCUAGAAGCAUCAGCCGGACCUCUGGGCUGCUGUAGAUGACUACUUGGGCCUCGGGGUGGGGGGGUAGGGUGGGGGGGGUGGGGAGUCAUUGAGUCAUUGAUAGAACUACUUUGAAAACAAUUCAGUGGUCUUAUUUUUGAGUGAUUUUCAAAAAUGUAGAAUUCAUUUUGUAGUAAAGUAGUUUAUUUUUUUUAAUUUCAAGUGAUGUAAUUUAAAACUUAAGUUGUGUUUUAAAACAGCAACAAAACUGUAUUGUAUUUUCGCUGUAAUUAACUGUAUAAUGUAAACCUAAUUAUUUUAUCAUGGUUUAAAAUUUUUGCAUAUUUGCUUUAUCUUAUGCUGCUGAUUUUUUUUUUUUUUACUGAAUUUGUAAGAUUUUGUUUAUCAAAGCAACUAUUAUGUGGUGACUUGCCUAUAUCAUGAAUUAUUUAAGAUUUUUAUAGUUUUUUUUAUUAGAACUUUAUUUCAAAUGUUUUGUUCAUGAUGUUAUCCUUCAGGGUUAUGUGCUUAUCAAUGAAAUAACCCCAGAGGAGUGAGGGAAAAUAACCUGUAGCCAGUUGUAUUCAGGAAUAACUACUGUAAAUGAUGAACGUGUUAAAAAACCUCCAAUAUUUGCUACUUGCCAAUCCUAAUUUAAUUACAAUUGGUAGGUAUCUUACAUUGUUUUUUGGCAAAAGCCCCAUCAUCUAAAUGGCAGAAUAACUCAGAGCAUGUCUUUGAAGAUGCUGGGUGUCUACUACCGCCCUCCUAUUCCCCCACCCCAUACAACAAAAGUUAAGUAAAAAGAUUAUGGUAUUUUCUGCAAAUUUGUGGCAUGCUCAAAGCUUAUGAUCACAUAAAGUCAAGAGGAUACUUCAUGAAUAAUACAUUUCAAUGCAAAUAAACAGAUGGUUCACUUCUACUAGCUAUGAGCCUGUUUUUCUGUACACUGAGUUAAUCUACUCAGGCUGUAGGUCCCAGCAGUGGUCUAGAGUCUGGUCUUUCCCUUUCCUGCAGCCUCAGGCCCUUGGACCUUUCUGGUUUCCUAUCACAGUAUCAGUCAGUUGAGCACCAGUUCUCAAGGUGUUUCUGGCCAUUUGAUUCUACCUGUAGCAUAAUCAUAUUUAUACUAGCUGUUGGGAGGUUCCAAAGCCUACUUCAGUUUCUGUAGGUGAUGUAUCAAAUGAGCAAUAUACCGUUCAUCUGAAAAUAGUAGCACACAGCCAUAUAUAGGAUAUCAUUUUCUAAGGACUGUUUCUUCACAUUGAGCAGAGCAGGCAUAAGUGGUGGUGAUUUAGUCUGAGUCUUUGUUUUUUUAUACCUGAUUUUCAAUAAAACAUGCAAUGUGGAUGUUGAGUAGUGUAAGAAUGGUGCUGCUCCUGACAAGUGUAUGUUAACUGUUUACAUUUUAUACCUGCAGGAUUCUUUCUCCACAACUGAAUUAUUCUUAAGUAAAUGUCAUUGAAGUCUCAUUAUCUCUGAAAUACAUUCUCUGUAUUGCCCCCAGGCACCUUUUGUUAUUUUUGGAACAAGAGGGAUUUCAUGUAAUGAACUAGGAAAUGCAUACUUAAGUAAGUGACAAGGUUCUAGGCAGAAAGCCCAUGGGAAUUCAUGACCAACAGGACCAAGAACUGGUGCAUCUCAAUAUGCAGUGUCUGAUAGUUCGCUUGGCAUGUUAUUCGUAUAUUUAGUGCAAAAUUCCUUUUGAGUUAGGUAUUUUAGGUUAUUGUUAAUGUGCAAUAUUUAGGAUUAAAAUACAUUAGGCUUUUUCUAUGCUUUGAAAUAGCAAGUUUGUUUUUGACGGUUUCAAGUCGUGAUUUCUAGCCUCUUGAAGUUGUCAGCCUUUUUAUCAAUCCCUUUUCUACUCAUACAACAUGGUGCAUUAAUUUUAUUAAGCACAUUAGAGUUUUGAGAUUAUAACACCUCUUGAAUUACAGAAACAGAAUUGGAUUUACGAUUUUAGCAGAAAUUUGAGCAUGAGUGUGUUCUUAGUUUAUAUUUGGCAGUUAAUCAGCUUUAUUUUCCCUGAGAUAGAUUGUUUCGCUGUUGCACUUUAACAGCUGACAUGCUUUCAGAAGUUUCCCAUAUUUUCUGUUUGAUUCUAGUAAGCCAUCUCUGUUGAUUAGAGAUCUUGCUUAAGCAAGGAAAACCAGGUGUUCUUACUGUAUUAUUUGUUAAAUGCCAGCUCCCCUUUGCCAACCAGCGUGCUUCAGUUGAUGCAGAGAAAAGCAACUCUUAUUAGUUAGCAUAGACUAAAAUACUGAACAAAUUCUAUCCUGAAAACAAAGGCUGUUAAUUGUUGCGUGCCCUGGGUUUUUAAAAUGCAGUAUCUAAAUACAGCUUUCCCUCGUCUCUUAAAUCUGUUAAGCUAAAGAUGUACUGGUUCUUUUGAUUUUACAAGCUUUUUGAACCUUUAAAACAUCUUAAACAUUGUGUGUUGUUUUUUUUUAAGAGAAAUUACAAAUAAGAUUUCUGUCAAGCAGUACUUAUGUAAAGCCACCUUGCUUCUCUUAUAACUUUGGUUUUCAACAUUAUAUAUUUAAUAUACCCAUUGUCCCUUACUGUCAGAAAAUUAUUUUGAUUUAUUAUUCAACUUUCUAUCAUUUCAUUAUUCAGCUUUGUAGGAAAGAGACACUAAUUCUUUCUACAUAGUUCUUCCUGGUUACUACUCUGUUACUCUCUAAUGUAUACUGACCAUUUGUAAAAUAAUUGUGUUGUUGGGAUUGCUUAUUUAUAAUAUACAUAAAUAGAGCAUCUCAACUCUUUCAUACUGUUUGCUGAACAGUUCUCGUUUUGUCACACGCCGUUGGCUGCUGAUUGUUCCUGGUAUGCACUCUUCCAGGUUGGUUCAAGGCACAGUGCUUCACACCAGACUUCCUAAGAGAAAUGCCAGCCUCUUAAAUGAGGAGGCUACCCACACAGCCCCCUUCAUAGUACAGAGAAGCCUGAUGGUAUGCAAAGCAGCAAACUUUACUGUAAGCCCUUUCAUUAUUCUCUUCCAUGUUAAUCCUGCUGUUUUGUCUAAGAAGAUAAAGAGGACAUCAGUGUCUGAUAGUGAGAUCAGAAGCGGGCAAGUGAAACUGUUUUGGGGUUACAGAUAAGACUUGGUUUACACUGUCGGCCAGUAUGUGCUAUACAUAUGAAGACAUAACUACUCAAUGUUGCCUAGGCACAAGCCUGCACAACAUUCUGAGGUAAAGACAUAGUCUAUUUUCAAAAAUACUGUUGUAGUUUGUGAGUGUUAUUCAUUAGUCACACAUUAGCUGUAGAGUGAAUGCAUGAAGCCCCAUAACCCCAGUAAACUCUUCUCAGUAGAAAAAGCAAACACCACUGUUCUGUCAUUAGCAGCCCUCUUAAAUGUUGCCUCCGUAUCCUUUACAUGUUAGUGUACAUUGUGUUUCUAUGAUCUCUCUUAGGUUUUUCCUGAAUCAGAGGAAACUAAUUUUUCCUUAAUAGCAAGAAAGAUAAAGAGGUAAAGGGCAUUGAAGCAGAAAUGUAUAGUUUGGGGUACGAUUAGAAAACUCACAAGGAAAACAAACGUCCUAAUUAAUUUCAAACUAACUGCUCUUAGUUAAGUGCUCUUAAGGAGAGUCUCGUAAGAGUAACAAUUUCUGGCCAUUUCUAGUUUAGAUUCUCUUCGUUCCUGAAACUUCUGAGAAAUAUUACCUGUGGAUUAGUUUUGCACAAUGUUCUAUUCUCACAAUAAUUUACAAAUUAAACUAGGUUUUUAUUGAACUACCUCACACUAAUUUUCUAUGCUUUCCCAAGUAAGCUAUUGCCCUUAUUGUAAGCUCUUUACUGAGUGUGAAUUAUAAAUGUGUGUUAAAUACUUUAUAGCCAAUGUUGACACAAUACCAGUAAGUGUGUAAAAUAUAUACCUUGCAUCAGUAAGAGAGACUCACAUGGAAAAUCUUUCACUGUAUAUCUUGGAAAAUUGUGUUAGAUGUGUUCGUUGGACAUUAUUACUGUCUGUUUUUAUAAGUAGAAACCUGCUCGUGGUAUCAGUCCAUUCUUUACAUUUUACAAAAGGAAUAAAUCUUAGUAAAUUUUACGAAGAAAUAAAUUACUUUUGUAGGCCCGAUAUUUGGUAUAUUUUUGAGAAGCUCUUAAUCUUUUAGCUGAAUGAUGAAGUUAAACUGAACUAGCUGUCUACCUGGACUGUGACAUCUAUUUUCUCAUUACAGUUUAUCCUGUUCAACGGGUUUUAAAACCUGGAAACCUGCAUAUGAUAAUUGACAUUUGUUUCUCUCCCUCUAUGAUACCGUUCCUUCUUCAUUCCUGUUCCUUCCCUGUGUUCCAUUCCCUCUCCUCUCCUCUUCUCUCCUCUAGACAAAACAAAAUGGGGCACUUUGUAGGGAAUGCUGAGAUAAUUAUUGUGGUUUUUAAUCAUUCAUGCCCUAGUCAUUAAACAUGCACCACUGGAAUGUAAACAUUGUUACCUAGUAUGUUAAUUGGUUAUAAUAUUUUAAAUAAAAAAGAAAAAAGUGGUAUGAAAAAUA